AUUUCACAUACGAUGUGUUGACAGUUUGUUAUGAUAUGGCAAAUCUAAACAUUUCAUAAACGUGGUCAAUGCUUUCGAUGUUGGUAAUUUAAGCUUCUAUAAAUUCUCGAGGAAAGAUGUCUGACUUAGAUGAAAAGAAAUCUUUAAACUUCCAUCAAAUGGAACUGGAUGAACGAAUUUUAAAGGGCAUUGCAAAACUUGGAUGGCUUUAUCCUACAUUGAUCCAGGAAACAGCAAUUCCUUUAUUAUUGGAAGGCAAGGAUGUGCUGGUACGAGCACGCACCGGUUCGGGUAAAACGGCAGCAUUUUCAAUUCCGAUUAUUCAAAGCAUCCUCAAUCGUAAGCGGGAUGCGAACGAACAGCAGACAACAGCUGUAAUUCUAGCUCCCAGCAAGGAUCUCUGUCAUCAAACAGCUAAAGUUAUUGAGGAUUUGACUAUCAAAUGUGGUCGAUUGGUUCGAUGUUUGGAUAUGUGUUCUAAGGUGGAUAAUGCAACACUUAAACAUAUGUUGGCUGAUCGUCCGGAUAUUUUGGUUUCGACACCCGCCAAACUACUUGCUCAGUUACAAGGAGGAAAUGUAAAUGUUAAAGAAUGUUUAAAAACACUGGUGAUCGACGAAGCUGAUUUGAUGUUUUCUUUUGGCUUUGAAAACGACUUGAAGGAAGUGCUAGGGUUCCUUCCAAAUGUUCAUCAAUCUGUUUUGGCAUCUGCCACCUUGCAGAAAGACGUAAUCGAAUUAAAAACAAUUGUUCUGCACAAUCCAGUGAUCCUACGACUAGAAGAACCGGAUAUGGCACCAACAUCACAGUUAUCACACUAUCAUAUCACGGCAGAGGAAACGGACAAAGCAGCAAUUCUUUACUCUUUGAUUAAGCUUCAGCUUAUAAAAGGCAAAAGUCUAAUUUUCGUUAACUCAAUUGAUCGUUGUUACAGGUUGAAGCUAUUUCUGGAGCAGUUUAGCAUAAGAUCGUGUAUUUUGAACUCGGAAUUGCCGGCGAAGAUAAGAUGUCAUACUGUCAAUCAAUUCAAUCUGGGACUCUAUGACAUUAUAAUCGCCUCUGAUGAAUUGCAUGUUUUGGAUCCUGCCGUGAAACAGAAGAAAGCUAGUAAAAAGUUGAUAAAGAAAAUUGCGAGGGAAUCGGAAACCGAAUCCGGUAUAGCGAGAGGAAUUGAUUUCCAGCUUGUUUCGAACGUUAUCAAUUUCGAUUUCCCACGCGAUAUCAACUCUUAUAUUCACCGAGCGGGCAGAACGGCGAGGGGAAACAAUAGUGGGAAUGUGCUAUCUUUUGUAGCUGCCGAAGAAAAUGCUUUCAUGGAAAGUGUUGAACAGCAUCUAGAAGCUGGUGUUGACAGUGGAGAGAAGAUUCUAAAGAAUUACCAGUUUAAAAUGGAGGAAGUGGAGCCUUUUCGAUACAGAGCGAAAGAUGCUUGGAGAGCGAUUACAAAGUUUUCUAUACGUGAAGCACGUAUAAAAGAAAUCAAGACAGAAAUGUUCAAUUCCGAAAAACUGAAGAGCUUCUUUGAGGACAAUCCUCGUGAUCUUCAAGCCCUGCGACAUGAUCGAACUUUACACACAGUCAAAGUACAGGAACAUUUGGGUGACGUUCCUGAAUAUAUUGUUCCCGAUGCUUUGAAACAUGUAACUGGAAUUACAACUAAAAGAAAGAAAAGUUUUGUACCAAAGAAGCGAAAAUUCGGUGAUAAGGCAAACAAUCCGCUAAUGGUUGAAGGAAUCGAUUACGGGAAGCAAAAGAAAAUAUGAAUAAAACAUUCAGU